CGUUAACUUCAGUAGUUGUCAAAUUUUCGCAGUGGUAAAGGAAAAUUUUAUGUAAUAAUAAAAAUCUUAUUUAUUUGCCACAUUAAAUAUGUCCUUUGUGCGUCAAAUUUUAGCAAAAACUCCUCAGGGAGUUAAUUGGGCAAAAACAGUCAGCCAUGGUAGUCGCUGCAUGUCAUCCGUGGGUUCACGCGAUGCCCCACCAAUCGAUGUGUCUCAAGUAAUCGCACAACCUGAGGAAUUGGAGAGGAAACGGAAACUUAGCGGAGCUAUCACAGUGCCCACAAAAGUCGAUCUUAGCCCUAUAAGUGGAGUGCCAGAGGAACAUGUGAAAACACGUCGUGUAUGCAUUCACUUGCCACCCAAAAAUGCUAUGCAAAGUGGUACUGAUAAUUUGAACCAUUGGGUGAUUGAGUUCGACAACCGCGAACGAUGGGAAAAUCCAUUAAUGGGCUGGACCUCAACCGGCGAUCCAUUAUCGAAUAUGGAAGUAACAUUUGGUUCCAAGGAAGAAGCAAUUGAACACUGUGAACGCAAUGGUUGGCGUUGGUUUAUUGACGCUGAGGAAAAACCAAAAGUAGAACGUGUUAAAAAUUAUGGCUUGAAUUUCCACUGGAAUAGGCGUACUCGCACAUCGACAAAAUGAGCACUUGAUGGAGAAUAAAUGCCGAAAAGUUUUCUUGCAGUUUUUAAUAUCAUUAAAGGAUUUCUAAGGCACAUAAUGAAAAAUACAGCAAAUGCUUUAACUCAACA